AUGUCGUCGUCAUCUGCCGAAGAAGCUUAUUUGGCGCACGUUACUUACGACCUCAUUCUCUCUCCGGCCAUAUCAAAGCUGGAGGCGAAGAAUCGGCUGAGCGUAAGCAAGUUACGAUCGGCGUUGCUGCAGGCUGAGCAGGAGCAUUGUGGCUUCGCGCUGGAGCUGGUCCGUUUCAUACGAUCGCGAUCGGAGCUGGAUAUUGACCUUCAGGAGGUGUUCCUUAGACUGCACAAGCACGCGCCGAAUGAUGAUUUGCAGCUGAAUCGCGCGCAGCCGCUGCUGGCUGCCCUGAGCGAUUGCGCUAUCAUGUUACGACUGAUCCUUUCGCGGAUCCCGGACGAAAUCGGUGACCGUCGCAAGUUCCUGGACACGAUCAAGGAGAUCGCCAGCAGCAUCAAGCGCCUGUUGGACGCCACUAAUAGCCUGAUCAUGGCGUUGCCAGAAGAUAAUCCGGUAGAGGCACGGAAACGAGACUUCGUUAAGUACAGCAAACGUUUCAGCAAUACAUUGAAGGACUUUUUCCGAGGCGAACGCGAUACUGUCGUCUUUAAGAGUGCCAACCAACUCAUAUAUCAGACAAUGUUGAUUAUCAAGGUUGUACGUGAGAAAGUGGUUCUGUGA